AUGUCUGGACACCAUUCCUCUGGAAACAUCUCUCCCUCCCUCGACCUCUUGCGAGCCCUCAAGCUGUCGGAUUGCCCUUUACCGACCAAGGCCCUCUCCACCCUCCUCCAGUCCCUGAAGCGAUUGAGUCGAUUGUCGCUGGACAUUCCCCUGCAUGACUAUUCUGCAGAUGAAAUGCAAGGCGAUGAUGACGAGGGUGCAGCGAAGGCAGCAGCGGCAGCAGCAGAGCACAGAGACGAAGACGAGAGGACAAGGGGUCGCAUUUUCCACAGGGAUGAAUUGGGAGAAAACGAAAUCAUGAAGGCCGUUGAGAUCUAUGCUUCGUCGGAAACACUGGAGUAUCUGGAAUUGUCAUUCCAGUCACCGGUCCGGAUUUCGGUGGAGGCGAUUUGUUCGUUGUUGAGACACCAGCGCAGCUUGAGGACGCUCAAGCUGGUAGAUGCCGAUAUUGAGGACCCGGGGGGCUCUCGACGACGAGGCUCAAAGAUGAAAAAGAAGAAGGCCAAGGACGAUCAUCGGAAACAAGGAGGUCAACGCGGUGACAAGCGCAACCGGGGCCAUAGCAGCAGCGGAGAGGCGUCAAGUGCAGCGGCUGUGUCCUCAGGAACGGUCAUAUUGGUAGCGGGACCUUCAACAGCAUCAUCAACGGCAUCGCCAGGAUCAUCAUUACCCUCACCCUCACUAUCGAUCUCGGACUACGACAGCGGCGAUGGAGGCGCAGAGUCACUGCCACCAGAAGGAAAGGAAACUGAGACAUCGUUUGGCCUUCACUUCUUCUCAAUCUCCAGCUCGCACACCUCCGACAGCAGCUUGACCCACAUCCUGGAACGCUGUCCGGAACUACGAGCACUACACCUGCAUUCGUGCGACACAAUCACAGACCAGUCCCUCCAGUCCGUUGUCCAACAUUGCCCACAACUCGAGAGCAUUUCCCUCUCCAGCUGUAAAGGCCUCACCACCCAGGGGUUGAACCAAUUCUUCAGCGCGAAAGGGGACAAGGCGGUGGCAUACCCAGCAUUAGCAGCGGCAGGAGCUGUGUCAGGCUCCCCACUUGUCCAUGUCCACCUCUGUGACCUGACAGCGCUCCACGAUGACACGUUAGAGAUUAUGGCCGUAUGUCAUGGACGUUCACUUCAGAAACUGGCGAUUUAUUUCUGUGCGUCCGUUACCGACCGAGGGGUAAUUGCGCUUUUGACGACUUGCUCGCAGCUGAGGGUGUUUGGACUCCAGGCGUAUGGGAUGACGCCUGCGAUCUUUGAGAAGCCUUGGGCCAGUUCCAAAACGAUGGAGCAGUUGGAUCUCCAAGGGGUCUUCAAGAAGGUUAUCCUAGGCCCUGCAGGGGAGGCGGCGGCUAAUAAUUUCUCUAUCACGGCCAGGUGGCAGGAUCUCCAAGCUCGGAUCGAUGGAUUUGCGAUCACCAAAGCCCGUCUCGUCACUCUGGAUCGACUCAAGAACUUGCGUCUGGCGGCGGGAGGGAUCGGGAAGGAGGUUUUGAGCGGGUUUUCGAGCCCACGCCAACGGAUCGAGGUUCUGCAUCUGUAUGGGCUUCAGAGUACACAGGUUGAUACUUUACCCUGGACAGCUAUCAGGACCUGUUACCCACACUUGAGACAAGUCUACUGUGGUGUGAUUGGGAUCAUCCGGAAGAGUAUCCGGGAAGAGUUGACGCGGUUGAAUGUCGAGCUCUUGGCGUCAUCGAGUAUCCCCGACCUUGCCUUUGAGAACAACUUCGAUGACUAA